AUGCCUGUCGAUAUUAAUGACGUGGUGACUCUAUUAUCUAAACUCUCGGAUGAUGCAAAGUUGAGAGUGACAGUGAAGGAGUCUGUCAAGGGAGGCGUGAUAUGUGGCGUUGCUUGUGCAAUCGGUGGAGUUGUUGGUGGGCCAGUGGGAUUGGCAGUUGGGGGUUCGCUUGGAGGCUGUGCAGCUGCUUACCUCGCCAAGGGAAAAUUCGAGCCAGCAAGUAAGAUCAUCUUGGACAUGGAUGAGAAGAGAAGGCUCGAACUCUACAAUUCUGCUUUGACCAUUCUUGAAAAGUUAAGAUUCGACGACGUGUUGAUGCUGAGUGCACUGGUUUAUGGAGACGUUAUGUUACAAAAGCAGCUUCUAGGGGUAGUUGUGAAUCACCUUCAGGGUAAUAUGAAAAUGACUGUUUUGGAUUAA